AAUAAAUUUGGUUUGAAAAAAUAAUAGUUGUAAAAAAAUGAAGAAAGAACAUAUGCAUCAUCAUCAGCAGGAAGAGCAUCAUCAGCAGCUAAUACAAUCCGCCAUGCUUCACACAUCACAAGCCUAUCUUCAAAACCUGGUUGUUUAUUUCCUCUUUUUCGGUUCGGGUUUAGUCAUUGGGAUUACACUUAGUUUCUAUCUCAAAGACAUCCCUUCAAAUCUACAACUCAAGCAAUUCUCCUCCUCCACCACCAGUAAUAUUCUAGCACGACCACAUCUCGUUCAUCCACCACCACCACCACCGCCAGCCACAAUCAUACAACCGCCACCGCCACCGCCGCCGGUUCGUGGGGGAGGAUUGGAGGAGUAUUUGACGACACCAAAUGUGAUGCAUGAUAUGAAGGAGGAGGAAUUGAUAUGGAGAGCAUCAAUGAAACCAAAGGUUAGGGAAUAUCCAUUCAGACGUACACCAAAAGUAGCAUUCAUGUUUUUGGCUAAAAGGGAUUUGCCAAUGGCUCCUCUUUGGGAGCUAUUCUUCAGAGGUCAUCAAGGCUUGUUUUCCAUUUAUGUUCAUUCUCAACCAUCCUAUAAUGCUACCGUCCCUCCUGAUUCCGUUUUUUAUGGCCGCAGAAUUCCCAGCAAGGAGGUAGCAUGGGGGGAAUUCAGUAUGAUAGAAGCAGAACGGCGUCUAUUAGCAAACGCAUUACUGGAUGUAUCAAACCAAAGAUUCGUCCUGUUAUCAGAGGCAUGCAUCCCACUUUUCAACUUCAAAACCAUAUACAAUUACCUGAUGGAAUCAACCACCUCGUUUGUGGAGUCGUACGAUUUGCUGGGCCCGGUGGGCCGAGGCAGAUACGACAGCCACAUGAUGCCUUACGUGACUUUGGAGGACUGGCGAAAAGGGGCACAGUGGUUCGAGAUGGAUAGAGAAUUGGCCGUUGAAGUAAUAGCCGAUCGCAUUUACUACUCUGUUUUUAAAAAGUACUGCAAACCCGCAUGCUACUCCGACGAGCACUACUUGCCAACCAUGAUCACCAAGAAAUUCCCGACAAAGAAUGCGAACAGGACUUUGACUUGGGUUGACUGGUCAAGAGGUGGGCCCCACCCUCUGAAAUUUAUAAGGACGGAUAUAUCCCCGGACAUGUUGUACCGGAUGAGAACAGGGAAGCAGUGUCUCUACAACGGGAAUCCCACAAAUGUUUGCUACUUGUUCGCCAGGAAAUUCACUGUCAAUGCUUUGGAUCGCCUGCUUAGGUUUGCACCAAUGGUCAUGCACUUCUAGUUCAUUCUCAUAAAUCUUCAUCAUCAUCUAUAUAUAUGUGUAUGUAUAGUUAGUUACAAGGAUGCUGGAUUGGAGCAACAUUUUUUAUUCUUCUAGUUCAUUUUUUUGAUCCUACAUUAAUUCAACUUUAAAGACAUGUUUUAUUUUGUGUAGUUUAGAAUUAAGUGGGGACAUAUGUUCCAAAGUGUAUGGAACUGAAAUUAUGCUUGUGUUAAUUGUUAGAUGCU